AUGGCAGAAAACUUAUUGUGCAGCAAAGGUCGAGGUGGCCUCUUUAUUCCCUCUUGGUGGGUCCCAUACUCUAACAUUAGUUCAUUGGUACUUCAGAGUUGUCUUAAUUUGCAUUUCUUCAAUUCUCCAGCAUCUUUGGUUGGUCUGAGAUUUGGUGACCAAGUUCUUCAAAUUAAUGGUGAAAAUUGUGCAGGGUGGAGCUCUGAUAAAGCUCAUAAAGUUCUCAAACAGGCUUUCGGAGAGAAGAUUACAAUGACUAUUCGGGACAGACCAUUUGAACGAACUAUUACCAUGCAUAAGGAUAGUACAGGACACGUUGGAUUCAUUUUUAAAAAUGGAAAGAUAACCUCUAUAGUGAAAGACAGUUCUGCAGCAAGAAAUGGUCUUCUCACUGAGCAUAACAUUUGUGAAAUCAAUGGUCAGAAUGUAAUUGGUCUGAAGGACUCUCAAGUUGCAGACAUACUUUCAACAUCUGGUACUGUAGUUACCAUUACAAUUAUGCCUGCUUUCAUCUUUGAACACAUAAUCAAAAGGAUGGCGUCAAGUGUUAUGAAAAAUCUAAUAGUUUAA